UUUAUUUCCUUGCAUUUUUCCUUGCACGGAAAAAAGGAAACCUUUAAAUUAAAGGAACUUUAAACAAUUUCCUUUUGCAAGGAAAUUUCCCUUGCAAAUGGAAGCACUGACUGUUCAUAAUUCAAAACGCACGUGCACCACAAGUUACAAAUAUGGCCUCAGAAGGUGAGUAAAAACAUCGAAAAUUGUAAAGUGUGUAAAUCUCUGGUUGCUGUGAGUAUGUUUGUGCCCUCAUAUAUACAGUAUAUAAAGUAGUAGCUUUGCUUUAUAUCUUCCAAUACGUUCCUAAUCAUGUGUUACUCAGCAUUGCUCAGGUAAACAUGGACUUUUGAGCGUGUAUUAUAUAGCAAUUUUAUAGGUUUGUAUUAACCAAUUAUUUAAUACUGAAAUAUAUAUACUUCUACUUUUUUUAAAACAAUAAAUGCUUUGGCUGCCUAGAUUGUUUUCCCUGUGUUGCAAACUUGGUGGAUGUAUCCCCUAAUAUUCCUUGUUUAUGAUACUUUAUAUUGCACUCGAGUGCCUCGACAGCAGUGGGCCAUUCCCCCCCCCCCCCCUAUGGACGAGCUCAAUAAAAUUUGAACCCCUAAGAAAAAAGAUCAAAGUGCCGACACAAACACUUCCCCAGAAAUUAAGAAAUUUUGGCCUUACCCCUCAGAAAAAACGCAAAGAUCAAAGGAUGCUGAUGCACACAACCCCUCAGAAAUGGCUUUUUCAAACCCCCUCAGAAAUUCUCGUCCAUAGGAGGGUGUGUAUAUUAAAUGGAAUGGCCUGUGGUUCCGCCAGGGGGGGAUUUAAUUUGUGAGUCACAAUACCAGGUGCCCGGGAUUUGACUUGCAAAAUCCUCUCGGUUAAAAACCCUAACCACCCCCAACAAAUGUUUCAAACCCUGUAGCAGGGAAUCAUGAGUAUUCAAAAUAUAAUAAGUUUGCAUUUGAGACAGCGAAGUUAUCCCACUCUAAUCAUUCUUUCGGGGGGCUCCACAGCUCCGCUCGCCCCACUUUCAUCCCUGUUCCACACUGCAGAAAGGUAAGAGUUUUUUAAAGUAGAUAGGGAGAUCUGGGGGUCCUCCCCCAGAAAAUUGUUAUAUUUUGAUGUUCAAUAACUGCAUUUAUGGAGCAUCCACAAUGGAAACGACAAACAUAUUUUAAGGUUCUCUUUUUUUUUAGAUUGGUAAUUGCACAAUUCGAUUUUGAACUGCAUAUUUUCCAGCCCUUCCCCAAUGUUUUAUUGAAUUUGAAUGAAUCUAAAACUACACUCUGAAUUAACCCCUUCAUUCUGCAAAUUAAUAUACAUUUGUUAUUAUUAAUAUUACUUUGUUCAAUGUCUUUGUUUUACUGCAAACAUAAAAGCAUUUGAACAUUACACAGGUUGAAGGGCAAAAGUGUGCAUAAAAAGUGUUCUAUAAUUAUCUCGUUAAAUUGCAUUUUGUUACAAGUGAGGACACAUUGGAAUGCAUUGCUUUGUGAUGAAGGAAAUCUCCUGAAUUCUUAAGUGAAAUGUUCUCCAUACAUUCCCUGCCUUAUUUGUACACCGUAAAAUGCUCACAAUACUUACAGUACCUCCCAUAAUUUUUAUCUCUCCAUGGAAGUUGGAAUGUCUUCAUGCACCCCCUGAAUGUAUGUAGUCUGUAUGCCAGAGGGUAUAACAUACAUCUUGGAUAACAGCUCCAAUGGCAUGGUUCACAUCUCUCAAGUACUAUCAGCAGGGCUGUGAAUGUGGGUCCCCACUCCAUUUAGGAUUCACGGUCCUGCUUUUCAGGAAAUAAAAUUGACAUUUUAAAAGUCAGAAAUAGUAUUUUGUGUGCACCAUAGUAUUGGGUCGUUCCAGAAAAGUUCCACACACCCCCCACAGAGGAAAUUUCUGCCGUCCGGAGGGGGAGGGGAGAAAAAAUUGUUUCUAAUAAUAGUAAAUGUAUUCGAAGGGACAUCCAAAGGGGGUGGUAUGGAUGUUUUCUGGAAUGACCCAUUGUCAUAUAAUCAUACUGUACUGAUAAUAUAUGACUGUAUUUUUCAUAGUCAAAGUUGAAACUAAGUCAAAGAAAAAGAGAAGGUCAUCAGUUGAUAUUGGAGUAAGUGUCUCGAUCUUCUAUUACUGAUGGAACAUUAAACAUGUACAGUAGUUAAUUGUAGUUAAUUGUUAAACAUGUACAGUAGUUAACAGAGUGAUUUCUACAAUCAUGGAGCUCAGAUUAACCCAUUUCGUGCAAGCACUCUCCUAAUGAUGAGUAAAAUCACCUGACGUUAGACAGACUAAAAUAUUAAAGUACAGUAGUAUGCAGGUGCAUAUAUUGCAAAUAAUAUAGGUAAACUAGACAUAUGGGCAGAUAUAAUCUUGAAUGGUCUGUGCCAGUGUAGUUAGUAUGUGCCAAUAAUAACAAGCUUUUGUUGGUAGGGAUGCAACUACUUGAUAAAUAAAAAGGGCCUUCGCUCGAAACGUUGAAUUUCUCUUUUUAUUUCUCAGGCAGUUGCAUCCAAUGAAAGCUUGUUAUUAUAUGAGCAGAUGGAGGAAAUGGAUUUUAGUUUAAACCACCCGUCUCUAGACUCCUACUGUAGUUCAUUUUCUAAAGGGUCAUGCCAUUGAUCACCUAGCUGGUUCUCACUUGUUCUUCAGCAUUUAAAUGUUACUACAGUAUUACAUGCCCAUUGUAAAAUUGUCAUAAGCAGUUUCAGACUCGUUAGGUGCAUGUGUAAAUAUGCCAUAUCUAGUCACGAGUCUGCUGAGUCAACUUACAUUCUAAUACUAGUAGUUGCUGUACAUAUUAUUAAUAAUAAUAAUAAUAACUACCAAAUGUAUAUAUAAAUACAGUAUAUAGAAUGGUUUUAUUUGACCCAAAUUCUAGCAGCCAUUAGUAAAUUUACUAAAUAGUGUGAAAGUCAUAUUUAUCUUGAAUUCUUUAUUUUACCUUUUCAGGCUGCCCAACAUAGUGAUGACUUUUCAAUACCUCCAACCAAGAAUCCGACAGCUCUUGACACAUCUGAGUGGCCUCUGCUGCUCAAGGUAAAGUAUUAAUCAUAAAAUUUUGUUGACACUGACAGUAUCUCACUGUAUAGACCUGUACAAUGUUGAAGGCAAAGCAGUUUUGCUCCUUACUCUAUUUACUGAGUCUGCUUUAUACUCUUGCUAAAUCAUGUGCUGUACCAUGUCAGUCAGCAAGAUAUUGCCAAUUGGAGGUAUAUAUAACAUAUUCCACAGAUGUCCUAUAUUGUAUUGUUCAAAGGUGGGUUAGCGCUAACCCUUGGUUAACAUUUAACCCACUGUUUUGGUUUGUGUAUUUCUGUGUGUCUGUCUAUUUCCAAACCUCAGUGAAGUAAACUCCUAUUGAUCCAGACAAGAUUUCUGAAGAAACAUUUAGUCCAAAUUUAUAAACAAGCUGUCAGAAAGUUUGCUUUGAAUUUGAGGUUAACCUACAUGUAGGGUUAAGCAAAUUAAUCGGCUUUCGAACAACCGGCCCCAGGCCAUAUACAGGCAGUACAGUAUAACCUGCAUGGUAUUAUAACCAAAGCUUAGAGCUGAUGUUGCUCCAAAUGCUAUCUAUGUGCACUGUUUUGCACAUUGCAUUUGAGCUUAUCCGCCUUAUCGUUAAAGAUGCGAUGAAACAACGCCCUUUGCUGUCAACAUCGCUGGAUCUUUGUCAAGCUAUCUAUGCGAUUGUGGGUGCUUACCCCAAACGCAUUCUGUUAUUUGAAGAAAUUCAGGAAGAUUUCAAAUACGAAAAUUAUAGUGAUGAAUAUAAGGUCCUUCGACUCCAAAGCCUUUCCGCCACAAGAUGGACAACAAGAGUCAAGGCAGCUGAUGUUUUCUUUGAUAAGACCAUCGACAUGCGCACAACUGUGGAAAAGCUAAAAGAAGAUCCAAAUAUUUCUGGGACACCAAAACAAGGAUCCGAGGUAUUCUGAAGAAGCAUACACUGUAUGUCUUCGCUGCAUGUCCUCUUCAAUUUGAAUGUGACGCGUGUUGCAAAAGUUUUCGAAGGAGUUCCGAUUAAGCAGUCGAUAAGUCCGCUGAUUAUGCUUUGUAUUCUUUGCGGCUUAUUUUACAAAAGUUGAAUGAAAUGCGUUGCGUCACAGAAUUCGAGCGCAUCCUCGAUGAAGCCAAGAAUGUGCCUGGGGUUGAAGAAAAGGCUAAUCGUAGACAAAGGAAAAUACCUAGAUUGUUGAAAUGUGUAGAUAGCAUACUGACGGAAAGGAUUCCCACCACAGCAGAUAUUAAAAGCACUGAUCACACGCGCCGAUCAUAUUAUGAGGUCAUUGAUGUAUUGUGGAAAGUAUUAACACAAGAUUUGGGCAAAAAGGUCUGUCCUUGAUCAAGAUUAUUGAGCAAAUCCUGUUAAGAUCCAUUUUUGAAAGAGGAUUUUCGAUAGAUAGUCUGACGCAUGCCUUGAUCGACAAAGAAAAGCUGAGAACUCAACUUGACGACCUGCCCACAAUCCUUGGUCUUUACAACGUGGAGAAUAUCGCCGAUAUCUUCAACUCUCUGCCGUCUGCCAAGAAACAGUGCUCGGAAGUCCAUAUGAUGAUCAAGCUGUACUACAGUAUACCAUAUCCCUCACAUCGGCCUCCUGUGAACGCACAUUCAGCGUAAUGCGCCGACUUAAAAUUGGCUGCGACCAAACACGGGAGCAAACCAUUUGAAUGACAUUAUGUUUGCAGUUUGCUAACAUACAGAAGAGCGAUAUAUGGGCAGGGUUAAUAUCAAAUCAGUCGCUACUGAAUUUGUUGAAAAGAAUGACGCUAGAAUAAACUAUUACAAAAUAGAGAGAUGUUUAACAUUUAUCGCAUAUAUAGUAUUAAUAUCAUUGGAAAUCUGUUAUGCUUGGCUUAGUGUCUUUACCUAUUACCUAUUUACUGGUAUAGACCAGUGCCUGGCUAUAGUAGCUGCAUGGGUGACCAUGGUGCCUGGUUGUAUGAUAGUUCGUGUGUCAUAAUAUUAAAUUUUAUUACGAACGAUUGUAUAAAGUAUGCAUUAAGUUUUGCUUCAUUGUUUCUGCUAAACACUAAAACACAGAUUACAAGAAUAAACUAAACUAACUGGUAGACAAUUUGUCAUAUUGAUAAAGGAAAUUUCCAAUUGCUUUCGUUCUGUAUUACAUGGAAAUAAUGAUUUAUUAAGCUAAUUUCCAAUUGCUUUCGUUCUAAAAGAUAAAGCUAAUUUAAAAUGAAAUAAAGUAAAAGAUAAAGCUAAUUUCCAGUUGCUUUCGUUCUGUAGUACCUAUUUGUACAUAGAAAUAAUGAUUUAUUAAGUUCCCAUCAAAAGGGCGUGGCUACGAAUUUUCUACCGACUGCCCUUCAUGAUCGCAUUGCCCCUCCUGCCCUUUUAUCGCUCCGGCGUCCCUGCUAUUAUUGCAUUGCGUCCUAAUGCGCCCCACUUCAUUAUUUUACACUGUCUAACACCAGUCAUCAGAUGAGUUUUACUUGUCAAGAGGAGAAUGCUGGUGUUCAAUGCAGGUUAAAUCUGUACUAGUUUUAGUAAAACAGCUUUAGCAAUACUUGCAAGUACAAUAUAAGUCAUGCUAAUAAAGCUUAUCAUUUAUGGUGAUGAAAUACUGGAACAUGGUACAGGUACACCUUAUUCGUAUAGUGAAUUUCGUGUGACUUUAAUUUUGCUAUUUUCGCAAUUGUAAAACACUCGCGAAAUUAAAGUCGCGUGAUUAUCACUCACUGAGUGAACUCCUAGCCUUUAAAUAAAAUUUGUAGAACCAUUUGAAUAUUGAGAAAAAGUCAAAUUGUCUUUUGUUACAUGACGUAUUGUAUAGUUAUGAGUGCAGUGCACUAGAUUUCAAGCAAUUAAACUCUGGGCACCUGUCAAUUAAGAUCCAAAGACGGUAACGUUGUGAAGGUCUAAGAAAGGUUUGGCACUCCCGUCCUCUCUGCAUAGAUCUGCCCUUGACAAAUUUGCGCGUUAAGCAAUCUGACUUGAGUUAGGAAGCAAUACUGUAUUUACCUCUUCAAUUUUACAGAAUUUUGAUCGUUUGAACUGUCGUACUGGACAUUUUACUCCAUUAACUUCUGGUUGUUCUCCAUUGAAAAGAGAUCUAAAGGAUUAUAUCUCGUAAGUUCCGUAUAUCUGUAACUUAUUUUCUCUUUUUGACGCUAUGCUGUAUUGUAAAUCUUCUUUCUCCACCACGGCACCACCUUACUGUCUUAUACAUACAUAAAUUAAGAUAACAUAUUAAGUUACAAUAUGACCUCAUGCAUCUCUAACGGUUGUACAUGGUAACUGCUCUCCCUUUAGGAAAAAACUUUCCUAUUUUUCCAUUAUGCCCCUACAGAAGAAAACGCUGGGAGGGUACCUGGUGAUGACCUAGAGUCUUUGCCAGAGUCAAAUUGGAAACACUCUCUCGUCCACAACUCCUCCCAACUCCAAUAAACAGUUUCUUGCCGAUCGGUGAUCGGCUGUUAUUUCGAGCCCUGGACUCAUGGGAAGGUGUUGUCAUCCGUUCUUGACAUCUCCCAAACAACUUAAUAUAUACUUUCCCUGAUCUAUAUUAAAUGUGUCGCACAUUUUUCGCAUUUCGUUUAUAUUCAUGCAAAUGUAAUGAAACUCCUAAAAGCAUCCUUUAUCCUGCAGUGAUAUCCUAAUUUCAAUAAUGAAACAGCACGGUAUAUCCACACCACACAUGCAGAAAAGAUUUAGAAAAGUUUUAUAAUUUAUCCAAGUUGAGAAUAGUUUAGCUUGUACAAAUUUAACAAAUUGGAAACCAGCAUGGUGUGUUUCUUAUACUGUUUUGCUUAGAAUCAAUUAUUCCAGAAAUUUCUCUUGUGUGUAUUAACAGCGAAACAUAUUUUUUAUAAUUUAUCUUAAUUGGUGCUUUGUUAUUUAAGGAGUGGAUUCAUCAACCUUGAUAAACCUGCCAAUCCUUCAUCACAUGAGGUAACACAUCAAUACAAUACGAGUUGCUUCUAAUGAGCCCGGUUACCGAGACGUCACGCCUUCUUAUGACCUCGCCUUCCACUAAUUUCACUAUAAAAAUUUGCAUGGCGUUUGAUAUGAGGAAGCGUUCAUAUGAUUUCCGCCUGACGAGAUACGUCUUAGUCGGUAAGCCGAGACCAUAGGUAGGCCGGAUGAAAAUUAUCCAUGUGAACACGCCAACCUGCUUACCGAGAUAAAAGUCAAGAAACCAUUAAAUGUUUGCUGUUUAAUUCAGCACUUAAUUUCUACUUUGUUUUAUGUUUGUUUUAUAGACGUAGAAGUAUUAAUUAUAUCUUGCUAAACAUUGCUUUUUUUGCAAACAAAUGAAGAAAAACACCAAAAUGUUAAAUAUUUGUGUUGCAUGACUGAAAUAUACAAGCUUUGCAAGCGCUAAUUGCACUACUUCAUGUAUAUUGUAAUUUCAUCUCAGCACGCGGGAUGAAGAAUUUCAUGUGAACGCACAGUAUUCGUCCUGCUAGGCGAGACGUCUCGAUAAGUGGGAUCCUGUGAACAGCCUUUGACUUCAACAUAUUUCUGAAGGUGGUUGCAUGGAUCAAACGAAUUCUUCGCGUAGAGAAGACAGGUCAUAGUGGAACGUUAGAUCCAAAGGUCACAGGUUGCCUAAUUGUGUGCAUUGAUCGAGCUACCCGUCUGGUGAAGUCUCAGCAAGGGGCAGGUACUUAGUUACUUUUUAUGUGUGAUUGUGUUGGAGUAAGUAAUGUAUAAAUAAGCUUAUAAGAGCUUGGGGACUAAACCGGAGAAGUCAUAUCGGCCGAAUACAGUAUAAUGACCGACACUUCGCGAAAUAUUGGGGAGGGGGGAGAAUUUAGGUUCCCAAGUGGAGUUGUAUAACACCCAUUUGUUGCUGCAAAUCUCAGUAGCAUGCGGUAUUCCAGUUGACAUGACAAGUGUAGUUUGUCCGAUUAUUCCCACAUGCAAUUCUUGCGGGCUUAUGUACAGUAGUUCAUUUGCAUUCAUUUGAAAGUCAAUUUCACUUAAUUUGUUUGUCCUAAAUUUGUGCUGUAAAAUAACAACCUUAAUGUACGCUAUUCUUUGAACUUCAUUGCCUUAAAUUUCAUGCAAAUUUGCUGAAUUUAUAGCCCACCAAUUCUUUCAUGGUUGUCAAAUUAUGGUUACAGUUUUGUCACACAGUUAUUGUGCUACCAAUCAAAGGCUUUCAACAAUUACAGUAUCGUAUAGAGAACCUAUACAGUAUCGUAUAAAGAACGAUUCUAAUUAAAUUCUAAUUAAUUUCUUGAUUGGUAUUUGAAACAGGAAAAGAAUAUGUUUGCAUUGUCCGUCUUCAUAAUGCUAUUGAAAAUGAGGCAAAAUUGGCACAGGUAUAGAAAAAGCUUUUCAUUACAGGACUUAAUUUAUACAGCAAUUUGAUUAUGCACGCAUAUAUACAGUAUUAAAUAGAUUUGUUGCUGAUCUCUACUUCUCUAAUCCACAAUAUUGUCAAUAACGCUCGAGGUAGGACGAAAAUAGGGACCUGUCCACACUGGACCCAGAAUCAAUAUUAUACCGAAAUAAUUCGUCCCCAGUCGCCCAUCUCUCGUUGAAUGGUGGGAAUGUAUUAGCAUUCUCAUGGACCUUUGCGUCGUAUUGUUCCAACCCGCAAACGCCCGCAGGCUACGUGAUCGUAAUUUUCGAAGCAAAUUUGAAGGACUGUGGAAUAGUCAGAAACAAGUCUAGAAUGUAGAUGGGAUGUGGUUUUCGACAAAAUUCCAAGAAAUGUUAGCGCCUAUGAAACGUGCUGCAAUCUUCACUCUCAUGUGAUUUAUUAUACGUUUAUUUGUAACAUGUUUCAUCUGGCGUAUGUGUAACAUAGUAGUAAAUCCCAAUAUAUUUUUUUCAGGUAAUUGAGCAGUUAACUGGGGCGUUGUUUCAAAGACCGCCAUUAAUUUCGGCUGUUAAAAGACAACUGCGGAUACGAACUAUAUAUGAAAGCAAGCUUAUCGAAUUUGAUACAGACCGUCAUUUAGGUAACGGAAUGGCUGUAUUUUUGUAUAUUUUUAUAAAUCAAUCGAAUGUACAUGUAUUGUAGGGGCGAAUAUAUAGGCGCUAUAGAUCCACCUAUUUCCACUAGACUAGUGUAGAAAUAAUUUGUAAUGAUUAUACAUAUUACCUGAAUUUAGAGAUUUUCAAAUGUGCCCAAAGAUGUUCUGUUUAGAACAUUGAAAAGAAGCUUUUUUGCCUGUGAUCUCGAUCGCUGAUAAUAUUUGUAAUCAAUCAUUAUUUGUAACUUUUGCAAAAUACUUUGCUCUAAAAUUUAAAUUAUUUAUUAAUAUCAACCUUAAUACGUUGUGGAAUGAAAAUGAUAUGUGAUUUUACAGCUCUGGUUUUAUUUACCCUCUAAAGACAACUCUGCUACAAUGACUGGUCAAUUCAUGCAUGAAACUCCAUCAUUACAUGUAACACGCUCCGUUUCAUAACAUUACAUGUUUGAGAGUGUCGUCCCAUGAGCAUUUUCUCCAACAAUUUUUUUGAAUAUGUUGUAUUUCUAAUUACUGCGCGAGUCUGUACAUGUGUCUUUGUUUUGCAGCUGUUUUUUGGGCGAGUUGCGAAGCUGGGACAUAUAUCAGAACAUUAUGUGUACAUAUUGGUUUCCUACUUGGAGUUGGAGCACACAUGCAGGAAUUGCGAAGAGUAAGAUCUGGUAUACAGUCUGAAAAGGUUAGCGAAGCAAUUUGUACAUGUAUUGUAUAUAAUACAUAAAUAUUGACAAUAACAUGAUUUGGAAUAGGAUCUGGAAAAAAAGACAUGCACAAGCUAGUAUACAUGCAUGCAGACGUUCAAAAUUGCAUGUUUCCGAACGACUCGUGCAACUUUGGUCUUUGAAAAAUCUACGAUUGUGUGUUUCGUACUAUCAGGCAAUUCUCCGAUUCGAGUUUGCCUUAUCGAUUCUGCAUCUUCAUAUUUGGCAUUUUAAGAAAUGGACCCUCGAAUUCAGAUCGUCAUGUUCAAAUUAGUCUAUACCGAAAAUGUCAUGAUGUUUGGACAUUCAUGACACGAAUUACGGCGUUUUGAGAAUUUUGUUUUUACUAUACGUUUGUAUGGAAUUUCCACCGAGAUCUGUAUAUAGUGAGAUGAAAAAUUGAUGACGUCUACUCUGAUCGAAGAGUCGGAGAAUUUGUACAUUUUAUUUCUAUUGCAUGGUUGUGUGUGGGUGAAUUGUUUUUUAAAUAUUGUGUGAUUGAGUCUUUUAUGUGCUACUAUUUUGUUUGACUUUGAAAGCUACGAAACGACUAAUUGUAUUAAUUCUACGAGAAAUUAUGGUCCACGUAAUACGUAUUGUUUCGGAUUUUGUGGACAUGGAGAAAAUAGACAUUGAAAGAGUUUUACCUUACGGAGUGUUUUAUGAAUAUAAUUAACUUGUAACUUCUUGUAGGAAGGUAUGGUGACAAUGCACGAUAUACUUGAUGCUCAAUGGGUAUACGACAACACCAAAGAUGGUAAGGGCGCUUACGUUAUGGUCAAUACUGUAGUUCGUCAAUUUCAGGAAAUUGUAAACAUAUUUACAUUUAAUUGUUAUAAUAUAAUAUAAUUAUGCUAAUCAUUGAUUGUAACAGUGAUAACUGAUCUAGUGUAUGUAUAGUACAGUAACUAUUGUGUGUGCAAUAAACCUGCACCAACCACUAUAAUUUAUAGAAAUGUGGAUAAAACUUGAUGUCAAGACUAUAAAUUAUUAUAAAUUUCGUAUGAGUUCAUCAAUUCUUUAUUAUGGUCUACAGAAUCGUACUUACGUCGAACGAUCAAACCGUUGGAGGCAUUGUUGACAUCGCAUAAACGUUUAGUUGUGAAGGACAGCGCUGUAAGUAAAUACAGUAGUUUCCAUUGCCACUCACAAACGUGGAAGCCCAGUGUCCACAAUUAGUUGCCUGCAAUAACUUAUAAGAGUCUGGCUCGUGUCUGAUUAUGGAGUUCAGCUACAAUUGGAAAGUUAGUUCGUUUUCAGGCCAGUAUUUUACAAAGUCGUGAGAUUUCGUGAAAAACCGUGAGAUUUUAAAAAUUCCCCAAGUUUUCUUAUUCUUAUAGAUUAAAUGUACCAAAAAGUCUUUAUUAGCUCAAAUUUUUAAAAUUAUGAAUGUCUCUACUAACGUAUGUGCUGGGACUGUGUGUAAUAUUGGAGGUCUUGGAACAAAAUUCGUUGUCGUGAUCAUGACGAUAUGUUGCUUGCCAACAUAUGACCUCCUUUUGUAAUUGGACAUUUUUGUUCUUUAAACCUUUUUCAGCAGGGUGUUAGCCAGAAGUAAAAAAAAUCUGCGUUUACCUGGAAUUGGGAAAUUUAUUUUAGCCUAAGCCCUAAAGCCGGGCAUUUCUUUGUGGGUCUGGGGGGCAUGCGGUUGCCCCCCUCUCGAUUUUUAAAAUUGUUGUGUCUUUGAAAUGGCAUUUCCCGCAUUUUGGGAGUAAUUUUCAAUGAAAUAUACGGUACUGGUCUAUUAUCAGAUGUGAAAAAAAUAAUUGAAUUUCUACAACUAUUUUUUGGCUGACCCAAAUUGGGAAAUUGCGACCUCAAGGUAAUUGGGAAAACCGCGUUUAACGCGGAAUUUUUGACUGUAGCUAACACCCUGUUUUGCCAUAAAUUUCAUGCAGAUAUCGCUUAAUUUACUGUAUAGCCUGCUAUACCAAUGCUUUCGUCGUUGACAAAUUAAUUAUUUAUCCAGCUAUUAUUCAAAGGCUUUCAAAAGGGAAGGGGCGCUCCCUACCCCCCUCCUCCGCCAACCUAGUGUUCGCAACUGCUUUAGACUUUGAUAAAUUGUUCAUACGUCUUGUUCUUAUUAUUGUGACUUCAAUGUUUGUUUUUAUAUAGGUAAAUGCAAUAUGCUACGGUGCGAAACUUAUGUUGCCUGGAUUGCUUCGUUAUGAAUCUGGUAUUGAACUCAAUCAAGAAGUAGUAAUGAUGACAACAAAAGGAGAAGCUGUGGCUUUAGGUAUUGUGAUAGUUAAAUUUGAGAUUAAAUAAUGUACCGUUAAAGUGCAGGAAUAUAUUACAGAUUUAUAAAUACACUGUAUGGCACAGUGUAGCUUUGUGUACAAUCUUAGACACAUGCAAGGUCUUGAUAACUUGGAAAUUUAGGUGAGAUCACAAAACUUAAUCAGAAAUUGGCUUUUUGACUUUUGACCCAUUCCUUUUAAUGAUGUUAAAUUUACCCUUAAAAUAAUUGCUGCCUAAAUACCUUGUGUUUUUUGGUGUACCAUUUCGGAUCAUGUGAUGGUUACAUUUUUAUCAGUCUUUUUUCUUUAUGUACUUUUAAAUAUGAAUGGAAAAUGCAUAAAGACAAAUACUGGUAAAGGAUCAAAGAUGUGAACAUCGCAUAAUCAAAAAUGGGCAUUUUGUACUGUACUCGAAGAGUUUUAUUUGGCGUAACGCGCAAUGUUGCGUCAGGAUGGUAAUCUAUUCUAGAACCCUUCUCGACCAAUUAAACAUCUAAUAUUCUUUAAUUAUUUUAUGUUAGGUAUUGCUUUAAUGACCACCUCCACCAUGGCCGUCUGUGACCACGGUAUUGUUGCAAAGAUAAAACGAGUCAUUAUGGAGAGGGAUUGUUAUCCGCGAAAAUGGGGUCUAGGCGAAAAGGUUAUUAGACUAUAGCAUACCACAUCAUGUACAUAUUACGUCUUGAACUAUAAUUUGUCAAGCCGAUUCCUAUAUAGUACAGUACAUUACCUUUCGGAACAGUACAAUACAGUGCAGUGUAUUAUUUUCAAAUAUCAAUUUUUCAAAUUGUAGGCACGUACGUUAAGUAGACGUUGCUUAUAAAUUAAAAUAGAAAUAACUUCUUACAGGCUUUACAGAAGAAGAAAUUAAUUGCAGCAGGGAAACUUGGCAAAUAUGGAAAACCAAACGAAAAUACGCCACAAGAAUGGCUUAAAGGACAUCCUCAUUUGACGUAAGACAACUUUGUAAACAUUUUCCCGAAUUUAAUUGUGCGUAUAGCGCCGUAGCAUAGCAACAAGUUGAACUUCUGUACACUAUACUCUACCAACGUGAUACUCGGGUAGCGGAGCACUCGGAGAUGAACAACCUCUUACCCAGGAGCGUAGAGAAAAGAGCCCGCGUACGAGUUUGGUGAAGAGCCGGAGUGUCAGCGACUCGGGGUGCAUGGCACCGACUUUGAAUUGUUGCUGGUGUGAACCAGGCUUUAAUUUCGCCAGGAUCAGCUUUGCAGGGAUUUCUCAAAUCGUUUGUUGAUAAUUCAUGAUCAAACCAGCAUAUUAUAAUACCACAGUUCGUAUCGUUUUCUUGAUACCACUGUUCGUAUCGUUGUCUUCAAUUGAUACAUGUACAAUGUCAACUUAUGAAUGCUGGUUCGUUUGACAAGUUAAAGUGCACCUAAUCUCAAUUAUUUUUAUCAUCUGAUUCUUAAGAACUUCUCAAAUUAUGUAUUAACAACUUAUUUUGAAGAUUUUUGUUUGCUCACUAAUUUGCUCGUUUGCUCACUGAGAUAUUUCAGUUUGUCUGGUAUGCAAAUAUCCAGAAUUUACGUCACAAAUGCAUAAUGAUUUAAAGUAAAAGCUUGUAUAUCGUAUUCACUAUCGAGUUUAAUUCAUUAAAAUGAAGUUUGGAGUUGUGGGAGGAUUACAUAUACCUAUGUAAAACACCAUGUAGCCUUUUUAUUUCGUGAUAUUUAACUGUACCUUACAUUCUUUGAUCAGUCAUUAUUCAUAUGUGACGUAAAUUCCGGACAUUUGCAUGUCAAUAAAACUGAAAUAACUCAAAGUGUGCAAACGAAAAUCUUAAAAAUAAGUUAGAAUAUCAUUUCAGAGGUUCUUAGGAAUGAGAUGUUAGAAGAAUUGAGGUUAGGUGCACUAUCAAUGUCGCUUGUUAUAGUGAUGAAAACACACUUUUUAAACAAACUGCAUUCAAUAGAGAGUACAGAACAAAGUAAUACAUAUAAAAUGAUAUGCCUAGAUAAUGAGAAUACUUCAUUGUUAAUAUGGUCUUUGGAAUAAUGGGCAUGUUUUCCUUGCCCAAAAAAAUUUUGUAAAGACUUGUAAAGAUUUUGAAUUCAAACAAGAUAAGAAAAUAUUGCCCUGAACUUACAAAGUAAACGGAAUCUCUUAUUGUUUACAGUACAUUCAACUUACAUACUACUUUAUUAUAACUCGUUUAGUGACAAGCCUGACGAGCUCCCUGUAAUAAGUCCAGCCGCCGAAGAAAAACCUCCUGUAUCUGCCGUUAAGGUAAGAUAUGUGGAGAAAUACAGUAUAUCACAAAUUGUCUGCCAGUGGGUACGCCAACAUUGUGUGUUUGCGCCCAAUAGAAAUUAUUUAAAAAUAUGAAUGAGUAAAUUAACCGGGUCUGUAUAGUCGUGUUUUAGUAGAUUUAUUUGUGAUUAUAUGUUCAAGGGAAGAGGUCAGGUGAAUUUCCCUAUAUAUAAAUACCCCGAAAUGACGUCACAAUAGUUUUAGAUUAGUGCCAGGUUAGGAUUGGAAUUACGGUUUAGGUAUUAGGGUCAAGAUUAUUAUUUUUAUUAUUAUUAUUAUUAGAAUUAUUAGAAUUAGGCACAACAAACGUGUGCCUUACAAUUUCAAUUAAGUUGAAUUAUUUGUACAGUGAUUAAUAAAGUUAAAAUAACUAAUUAAAAUAGUCAAAUAAACAUCUAUUUAAAAAGGAGCGUUUAAAACGUUCAGUUUUGAUCAUACAGUAGGUAGGAUGAAUGAGUAUUUUCUUUCUCUUAAAAUUCUGGAUCUCCUUUCUGGGAGUAGGUUAUAUAAAACAUGAUCCGGAUCUUUCACAUUUUGGGUCAGCAUUCUACGGAUUACGAAUAUGAAAUACACACUUUAUGGAUUGCAUGCUAUAUUUAAUACGGAAAUUGGCUCAAGAGUUCUGUUUCUUUACAAAAUAUAAUAAUAUUCGUUGUAGAGAAAGCAUGAUAGUGAAGCGGAUUCUGAGUCAAGUGAAAGUACGCCGAAGAAAGAGCUCAAGAAAAAGGCGAAGAAAGAAAAGAAAAAAAAGAAAGCAAAAUUGGAUGAUGAUGAUAAUGAGGUACAGUGUAAAUGCGCCCAUUUCCUCUCCUGCUUUCUGCGCAAUUAAUCCUCUAUUGGUAUUAGUCCUCCUAACAGAAGAUUUACAGCACGCACGGCAGAUUCAUUAUCACGUGUUUAACUGCAUAUGAUCAAAUCCCAUCUAAUUGACGUAAUUGUUAAUUUAAAACAUUCAUAUUGGUUCAUGUGGUGAAAAUACAUACAUGUGAUUAUGAAUUUAUUAACCAUGUAUAUAAUAUUUUACACGAACUAAAUUGACGUAUUCAUAAAUUCCCUUGUCUUUCAACUUGUUUCCAAAGCCUUUUUUAGUCGAUUUGUGUUCACAUUUGUUAGAGUUUCAUUCGCGUUAAUAUCCUACACAACAAUUAACUAGGUUCAAGCCCUAUAGGCGAUUGUACUCCAAUUUUUAGACCAUAAUAAUGAUUAGUUCUGUAGUUGGCAAUAAAUGUUUUAUUUUCAUUCAUUUUUUGUGCAUAGUCAACGAGCAAAGAAAAGAAAAAGAAGAAGAAGAAGAAGAAAGAAAAGGAACAAGAAAAAGCAGACGAAUCUGAUUAAAUAUCAUAUUUUAUCUUUUAUCACAUAUUUGCCACACAUUUUUUUAAAUGAAAUAUCUUCUACACGACUCUUUGCCUCGGGGUAGAAUAGGCAAUUCCAGCUUUUAACUUAAGCGCGCAGGGGGUGAUGGGAAGUAAGGUAUCAUGUUGCUGAUCAUGCUGAAAAAUUUCAAUAAAAACUGCCGAAACAACCGAAAUAUUUCAAUAUUUAAAAGUAUAAGCUAUCACUUCGUGUUUACACGGGCACUCUUUUUAUUUUUUCAGUAUAGUCAGCAACAUGAUACCUUACUUCCCAUCACCCCCUGCAUGCAUAAACUAAAAGCUGGAAUUGCCUAUAAGGGACCGGUCAUUACUUAUGGCGGGGGGUGGCACCGAAGAGAAAUGUUUUCCGUGUCAAAAAUUUUGCUGACCCAACCAUUAAAAAGACAAAAAUUUGAUUACCCAACCUCAAAUAUCAAUUAAAAAAUAACUACCCACCCCUGGCCAAAAACUUAACAAAAGGAUACCAUUCAGUUGUCAUACAUGUCCUUUAUCACUUCAGUGACAUGAGUUUGAUAAUGGCUUGUGAAAUUUUCUGCAGUCUAAAGUUUCAUGUUGUCUGCACAUGUACUUUCUUUGGAAACACAAUUUGUUUUGUCGAACUAUGGUGAAGAUAGUGACUCUGAUUGAUUCACAUAUAGUAUGGACAAAUGACUGUUGACAUUGCUUUUCAGUCUCCAAUAUUUCAGUGGGUCAUGCUUUGGAAAUGACAAUAAAUUUUUAUUACCCAACCCUUGAGUUGUUUUGUUUUUCAUUUACCCAACCUUUUACUUACUCAAAAUUUUGUUUACCCAACCUUUUUCUCUUCGGUGCCACCCCUCGCCAUAAAUAAUGACCGGUCCCUAAGAUACAAGAACACUUCUGAAAUGACACUUAUCAUGUGCGAAACUACGAUACGAUAGUUACUGUAUGUCGAUCACUACAUGUUCAUUUUCAUAACAUACUGUACAUACCGAUGCAUAAGGUGAGCCCUCAUCUCGCUAGGUGUAGUGUAGUGUAGUGUAGUGUAGUUGUAAUAACAAUUAUAAAAUAACAUGUAUAUAACGCGUGCUCUGAUUGGUCGAAACCCGUGUUUGGAUCAGACCAUCCAAACACGGAAGACUAUCGUGUUGUUGUUAUUUUAUAAAACAAUUACUUUAUGGUUUCCCUGUUAGGAUGGCCUGAUCCAAACACUUGGGAAUGUUGCUCGAGUUAAGAAAAGCGCGCAAAAUCACUCGCCUUCGGCUCGUGUUUUCGCGCGCUUUUCUUAACUCUCGCAACAUUCCCGCGUGUUUGGAUCAGGCCAUCCAAACACGGAAACCAUAAAGUAAUUGUAUAAUACUGCAUGGGAAAUUAAUGAAUAAACACUACAGCAUUUCUUUUGUCGAUUACGGAGAAUGAUUAGCUGCAUAAAUUGUGCAAAUAAUUAGCUGCUGCUCGACAUAAUUCCAGUGCAAAUACGCAUUCAUUCAUGUGGUGAAGCUAUGAACUAUAUCUAUGCUGCAGCCAGGAAAGAAACUUUGUUAUUGAGUGUAUAAACUACGUAAACUUACUCGGCUGCUUAAAACUUUCUAAACUAUUCUCCCUAUAAAGGCCAAGUAAAGGUCAUCCGCCAUUGACCAAGUGUUGUACAGGGGGAAGUAAUUUUUUUUUUUAAGUUAGGCUAUGAUAAAUUGGUAGACAAAGGAAUAAAGCGUUAUCGUUGAA